UGUAAGUAGAAAGUAGAAACAGAGGAAGCUGUCUUAACAUAUUUCUCUUGGCAACGAACUCAUCCACGUGUCGAAGAACUGACAACCCUCCACUCCGGCGACAAUGUACAGAACGGCGGCGAAGCGUCUUCUCGGCGCUGGUUUAAUAACCAACCGCCUCCUCCGAAUCCGAUCUCCCAAGCUCACGUCCACCAUCAUCCCUUCCUCUCACACUUCCAAUCUCUGCACUCAAUCGAUGGUUAACACUGAAUCACCGAUUAGCAAUCAGUCGGGUCCCACGGCGGCUUCCACGGCUACAGGGGAAGGAACUCGUAGGAAACCAAGACCCGAGAUUCAGGAAGAGCAAGCUCGUGUUCUCUCAGCGUCUCUCCGUCACGUGCCGAGGUUAGGUUGGACGGAGGAAGCGAUGAUGGCUGGUUCAAGAGAUGUCGGUGUGUCUCCUUCCAUUGUUGGGUCUUUCUCCAGGAAAGAAACUGCUCUUGUCGAGUACUUCAUGGAUGAAUGCCUACAACUGCUUAUCGACAGAGUUGACUCUGGAUUGGAUUUGCAAAACAUGAUUCCAAGUGAACGCAUCUCCAAGCUCGUCAGAAUCCGGUUAGAAAUGCAGGUUCCUUACAUGUCAAAAUGGCCUCAAGCUCUCAGCAUCCAAGCGCAUCCAGUGAACGUACCAACGAGUUUUAAGCAGAGGGCAAUGCUGGUUGAUGAGAUAUGGCACAGUGUUGGAGAUGGAGCCUCGGAUUUAGAUUGGUAUGUGAAACGCACUGUUCUUGGAGGUGUUUACUCAACCACCGAGAUUUACAUGCUUACAGAUGACUCCCCAGAGUAUAGGGAUACAUGGGCAUUCCUUGAUGACAGAGUCAAAGAUGCUUUUGAUCUCAAGAAAAGCAUACAAGAGGCCAAGUAUUUUGCACAAGACAUUGGAGCUGGAGUAGGGAAAUCGUUUGAAGGUCUGAUGAAUGGAGUUAUGCACACCAUGUCCACACGUCGUGGUGGUGGUGGUAGUAGCUCUACGUUUUGAGAAGAUGCACACCUUUAGAAAAAAAUUAAUUUGCUUCAUCCUUAUAGAGAUAAUCACAAUAUUUUGAGUUUGAGAUAUGCUUAUAAUAAAAUUGUAUCACUAUGUAUGACUUGAGAAGUGUAUAAACUUUUUUUUGUCGAGUAAAAAACCAAUGAGUUUGUGAA